AUGCAUCAACAAUCUCGUCAUCCCCCGAGACUCUCCUCCCCCGCAGUUUCUGCUCAGACAAACCCCACACGCACCAACAACCAGAGGGAUCCCCGGUCUCGCACCAGCACCGACGCCGCGGAUAGGGACGGAGCCGGGGGUGGUGGUCAGGAUGGCGGCGAUGCCCUCGCGCACGCCGCAAGUCGGGAUGCCAUCAAGAAGCUGGAUCAGAUCAUUCAGAACUUCUACUAUAAAGCCGCCGUCCUCAUCAUCGGGUCUCGACAGCAUCUAACGCCCGGGCCCAAGAAAGGGUUUAAUAAAUGGUUCUCGAUAGAGACCGAGGAUACCGAAGACUUCAAGGAUGACCUCCGCGUCUACAGGAGUUGCGACAGCUUCACGAAUCGUCCACCGCCCAUGAUCAUCGAGACCUACAUCGACGCAUCGCGCAUUUCCAGCAGUCACAGCCUCGCACUGGUGGAUGAGAAUGGCAAGAGGUGGGAUGUUCUGGAAGCCCUGAACAGUUCGGAAUCGAGCGAGGAUUCACCACGGAAACGUCACCUACAAAAACGAAAUACCGAGGUAAUCUUGGAACGAUGGCGCAUCGAGCUCAAGUGCAUUCCGAAUGAUGACGCUCUGCAAGAUUUUGGGCCCAGCCUGCCCACAAUCUAUAAACGGAGCAUAGUAUUCUUCCGGUCGCUGUUCUUGGCCACGAGGGUUAUGCCCGGCUGGAAGUUCUCCCAGCAGACCAUGACCAAGGCCAUUCAUCCGGCCCUGGAAGUAAAGUGCCGCAUUGUGCCGGCCGAGGCCGAGUUCCUCAACUACGAUCCGCUGCGGCAACCCCUUUCUGACAGUAAGGAUGUAGUAACGGAGUACAUGUUCGGUGAUCUAGAAGUACCCGUAGGCCGCUUCAAUGCUUCGGUUAUCUAUCGGAAUGACUGCACGUUUCGGGUCGAGGAUGCCGAUGCGCUGCUUAGCUCGCGGCUCAUGGGCGUAGACGAGGAUUUCUUCAAGCCCUCAGUACCUCAACGACCGCAACCCGUCAGCCACGGCCGGGCAGACUCGUAUGCCGAACCCGGAUCUUUGCCCUCACACCGCCUAGGACGAGGCAACCGAGAGCCGCAUCAGACAUAUGGCAGUCUAUCGACAUUUCAUGGCGCCGGCGCAUUCGGCACAAGUCCCAUCUCGGCGCUCAAGGCAGUUCGGCCGGCCGGUUCAGAUACCAGCUCGCCACCAGGCUCUUCUGCAGCCAGUGUUGACCAGUCAGAACCAUCGCAUUCUCUGCCCAUUCGUGGUGCAUCAAGUCGGACAUUGCGGGAUCUUGAAGGCAGCAGACGACCUUCGAUCUCGUUCCAACCAUUCAAGGCUGGGUCGAUAUCCGGCAGUCCCAGACUUCCAGACCAUGGAUCUCCUGCUUCGCCACAUUCGCUUCCACGGCCUUCUGGUUUGAGCGGAAUCUCACAAGCCAGAAACAGGUCGUCGCUUACAGCAGGAAUGGCGGCCUCUUUGCGUGGCCCAGGUGCAGCUGUUCCAACGGAUAUUCCAAAGUCUAGCUCACCACGGCCCCAAAGUCGGUAUAGCAGUAGCUUCAGCCAUCGCCGAUCAAGGACCUCCUUCGGCGGCCAAAGCAAGACGGGCGAUGAUGAAGCCAGUAGCAGUGGCAGACAAAGCCUGUCUUCAUCGGCUCAACCUGGCUCGGCCCUCCUCGCCGAACCUGUCAGUGGAGUGGCCAGUUCAGGCUCCUUCCAAACAGAUGACGAUAUCUCGGAGUUCCUUAAGGAGCUCGACAACAGGAAGAAGUUGCCGAGCUUUGAGGCUACCAAGAAGGGAGAGCAAUCAGCUGCUGCUCGCCGCACUGCUGCACAGCUCAACAAAUUCCAUCUUAUGAGGGACUCCAACAAUGCGCUGACGGAGAGCAUGAUGAUGGGGUCUUCGACUUUGCACCGGAGCUCGAGCUCGAGUAGCAGACAUAUGCCUAACAUGCCAGGUAGCCUGGGAAACCCGGGAAUCAGUAUGAGUGGUGCGAGCGUCAGCAGCUCACCGGGCGGAAAGCCCCUGAGCCCGCAUACGCCUCACACGCCCGCGAUUCCUAGUCGGUUGAGCGAGAACUCGAUUAUUGAUUACCCGGCCCAGGCUAGCUACACCAGGAGAGGGAGGUCCCAUGUGGUUCCCACCGAGGAGGAGGAAGAGGAUGGCAAUGAGGCCACGCAAACCGACCGCCAACAGGAAACUGGGGGCGGCGCCGUCUCGGCGGCGAUCGACAUCCCGCUCUCUCCUCGCCUGCUUCAUGUGGGUAGCGGCGCGAACCGCCGAGCGAGUUCCGCGGCCCAGCAACACCGCUCGUUGGCGGCUGGAGCUGCCGUCGGAACGGGAGAAGAUGAUUUGGACAUCGCCCAGCGGAGCCUGAGCGUCGGAGCAGACGGCAGCGAGGCGCCCUCGCUGAGCACCCUGCUUGCUUUGCAGCGAAGAAAUUCCGGCGAUGGCAACGAGGGCAGCUCGGCAGGGGGUGGAAUGGCAGGAUUGCAGCAACUACAGCCCGCGGCAGAUAUCAGGGCUUCGGCUGAGCAGAGACAGACUGGAAACGAGGAUCAGCCGACAAAUUCGCCGGCUAGGCUCAUGACUACCAGUCGGACCCCGUACAGGUCGCGUUACAGCUACCAUGGCACGACAAGUUCCACGCAGCAGCAAGAGCGCGGUAGCGGGAUCGGAUCCGGCACUAGAGGAACACCGCCUUUACCGAGUAGGGGAUCGGUCACCACCGGGAUGAGGUAUAUGGGUACCUUGGCUGGAAGGGGCGGGAUGGGUGUUGGACAGGGUGAGGAUGGCACCGAUGACGAGCCAUUGUUGUUUGCGAUGUCGGAGCUCGAGAGGCCUUCGAGGCACAGUUUGGAAGAAGCACGAGGCGGCGGUGUGUUGGGAGGAUCUCCAAGGGGGCUGAGGGGAGGAGCUCCGGGAACUGGAGAGGCUAGUGGGAAUACUGGUGGUGGAAGUGUGGAAGAUGAAGGAGACUAUGAGGUUAGGGGGACUACUCGUCGGGGAUGGUAG